UGUGUGUGCACAAUGGCAUUGAUACCGUAGUACGUACCCACCAUCCUCCUCGAUCACCGGCUAAUCCUAAAAGCGGGAAGUGCCAGAAUUAGUUCGCCAUUUCACGAGAGAGAUUAAUUAAUAUGGCUUGCACUCUCCUCAAGCUCACGACCAUUCUCUCCCUAAUCAUGCCUCUGAUUAUAACAUUCCUAGCUCUGAACUCUCAGUUAGCUUUCUCAAAUGAUAUCGAAGAAGACGAUGAUGAUCAGUACGUACUCGACUCUCCAUUAAUGUCCAGUAUUAAUCUCAGAUCAUCGAGAAGCAGGUUCUUGGCCAGCGUGAUAAAGAAAGGUGCUCGGUGUCAUCCCAUCACAAAUAAUGUGUGCAAUGGAAUACCAGCAAACAACGGGACCAGCCUGCUCUACUGCUGCAAGAAGCAUUGCCGGAACAUUCUUGGCGAUCGGAACAACUGCGGACAAUGUGGGAGAAAGUGCAAACAAGGACAACGUUGCUGCAAUAGGAUCUGUACCGAUAUUACUCACAAUGAGAAUCAUUGUGGUAAAUGCAAUAAGAAGUGUGCGAAAGGCAUAAAUUGCGACCAGGGAUUUUGUGGGUAUGCUUGAAUUUAUUCAAAAGGUAUUUGAUCAUGUACGUCUACUGCAAGUUUCGAGACUGAAACUGAUGAUCAGGUUCAGGAUGGAAUAGAUAUACAAUAUUGUACGUUCUAAUUACCAUUUCAAGUUUUUUUUUUUUUCUUCUUAAGAAAAGUGUGAAGCGGAGACGAUGGCCGGCGUAGUAACACUCACUGGACGUGACUAUAGAAGCCCCUUCCCACCAUUUUCAAGUUGUUACCAAGAUGUUAUAUUUAUUCCAAUGUUUAAUCAAGUAAUAACCCAACUCUCUCAUGUUGGCGUCUUUUAAAACUUGAUUUGCUUUAAAUUUCCAAGCUGUUUCAAUUCAGGGAUAAAGAUGUCGUGAGUCUCAAAUCUAAGAGAAAUAAAUAUAUAAAUGAUCUUACAGUAUUUAUUAAAUAUUUAA